UGCAUUUGUCUACAUGUACAUUUUAUUUCCCUUUACCCGAUUAUGACACACGGUGGGUGUGACUAUAGUCUACACGGGAUAUUUACUCCUCCAAAGCACUCUUUCGGCACGAAUGGCUUAUCACUGAAUGAAUGAAAAAAGAUUUAGCCGCAGGAUUUGUUUCCGGAGACCAAUGACCAAAACAUUUGUAUUAGGUAUCAUUGUUUAAUGACCCUGUCGUCUGCGCCGGAAUAAUAUUGCAGACGACAUGUGGAAUGCAAAUUGACUGGAGGUUACGAAAUAUAUCGGUACUGACGGCGGACGGCGAAGAGAGGAGUUGAAAAUGAUCCCAGAAUGAGCAGAAAGAAGUACUCACUGAGUGGUCAGUUGGUGGCCACGGACACUAAGAAGAAUCUGAGUAUCGACACAACGCACCUGCCAAACCAGCAAACCAAGGAGGAGAUCGCACUAGACAAAUUUAAGCUGAGAAUACAGGACUUGAUAAAGCCAGACCAUGAUGACUUUUACCUACAUAAAUGGCUCAAAGCAAGGUGUUAUGAUGUGGAUAAGGCGGAGAAGAUGUUCAGAACGAGUAUGGCAUUCCGAGAAAAAAUGAAAGUUGACACAAUUUUAGAGGACUACAAGCAACCAGAGGUGCUCUGUAAGUACCUGACGGGAGGGUUCUGUGGCCAUGCCAAGGACGGGUCCCCAGUCCGUGUAGAACCAUACGGACGACUAGACAUGAAGGGCCUUAUGUGUUCUGUGAGAAAAUCAGACUUAGAGAAGGCUAAAAUACAACAGUGCGAGGGCACUGUCCGUGACUGGCAAGAGGAAAGUAAAAAGCGUGGCUACCGGGUGGAUGGGUUGACAGUUGUGUUUGACAUGGCAGGUGUUGGAACCAGGAUGCUUUGGCGACCAGGUCUCAAAAUGUAUCUUCACUUGGUCAAAGUUUUAGAAGACAACUAUCCAGAGAUGAUGCGACGUCUACUCAUUAUAAAUGCUCCCGGAAUAUUUCCACUUUUAUAUAAGAUAGCCCGUCCUUUGAUUAGCGAAGAUAUGAAGCAGAAAAUUCAUGUUAUUGGGAGUGAUUAUAAAGAGUAUCUGUUAAGGUACAUCGAUGCUUCUGAUCUUCCGGCGUGUUAUGGAGGUACUUUAACGGACCCUGAUGGAGAUCCAACAUGCAAGACCAUGAUCUGUUACGGUGGAGAUGUGCCAGAAAAAUAUUUCUUGCAAACCGCGGACUUUCAAGAACAAAUGGAGACUGCUACUGUACCUCGGGGAGAUAAGCUUACAAUAGAUGUUCAAGUGAACCGUCCAGGGAGCAUACUAAAAUGGGAAUUUAAGACGGAGAACUACGAUAUAGGAUUUGGGGUUCUCUACCAAACUUCCAAUGGUACUGUUCCCGUGGUACCUUCAUCACGGGUCAGUAGUCACGUGGUCGCAGAAGAUGGAAGUUAUAUCUGUGAUAACAUUGGAACUUAUACGCUUUGCUUUGACAAUUCCUUCAGCUGGACAAGAAAUAAGACAAUAUACUACAAUACUGAGGUGCUUUAUGCAGAUGACACACGUAUAACAACUGAAAUCAACAGCCUGAUAGAACAAGGCGACUGGGAGACGCUCUCACAGAAAUUCGAAACUACACAUCUAUAAAUGUUUAUGUUAUAGCGGAUGAAAUGAUAACCUGCUGGGCACUUGUAAAGUGACAGUUGGAAAUUAUAAAAAAAAAAAAAAAGCACAAACAUCUCUGAUUUCCUGUAUGCAGAAAUUUCCUUAUAAAAAUAACUUUAUGUCCAUUUCUGGACACUUGCCAAAAACAUUGUUGCAAUACAACAAACUGUUUUUAUUUGAUGGAAAAUACUUCAUUUCAAUAAGUCGUAGUUUGUGUAAUAUCUUACUGACCAUGUCAGAAUGUCUUCAUUCAUACAAAUGAAUGAAUUUCUUAAAUUGAAUUUAUUGAAUCAAGCAUCCAAUUCAAAUACCGCAAAACUUUUGCCAGUUAUAUUAAGGAGCUCUUUAUGGGGAUAUUCGAUUUCGAUUGCUCAUAUUAAGCAAAGUCCAUUAGAGAUCCAUCUUUUAAUUUAGUUCAUUAUAUUGAAUGUACAAACUAGUAUAUGAAAAUAUAAAAUGUUAUACAAUAACAAAAAAGUUCUUACAUAUUUUCCUUUUUGUUUUGUAAAUGCUGUUAAGUUGUCCUUCAAAUUGUAUUGUUGUUUGAUAAACCAUGUUGUCGCUAUUUAUAUUGUAAACUGUGUUUUUGUAAACCGUAGUUGAAAUUAAAUUUCAUUUAGCAUACAUCGAAUAUUAUUUACUAAGUAUAUCAUUCGAUUUUUAUUCGUAUUUGUAUUUAUAUGACGUUUUGAUGACACUAACAUGUAUAUCAUGGUUUCUUUUAAAACUUUUUACUGUAUUUUAAUAUUACAAUAUCGCAUACCAAUAAGUUGUUUUUCAAAUUUCAUUAGGUGCUUAACACAUUAUUUUCUUGAGUAAUGUCUUAAAUGCCCAGUGUAUUUGAAAACAAUUUAAGAUAA